AUGGCAUUUGAGAGACUGCGGGCUCUUGAAAGCUAUCUCGAUGAGUGCAAGAGUUUGUCGAACUUCAAUGAGAUCCUCGAGAAGCAGUGCGCGCAGGUUGUUAGAGAAGUCAAUGAACUCUCAAAACUGGAGAUGGGUGAAGCUGCUCCGCUCUUGGCCAUGGUCCAGCAAAACAAAUUGUGGACCAAGGAGAUGCAGGAUACCAUUUGCCAAGCCUUGACAGAUAAAGUCGAGCAGUCAUUGGGUCGCAAUGUGCUGAGCGCCAGGUCCAACUUGCAGGACUUUGUGCACUGCCCUUUGUAUCUGACUGAGGCCGACUGGGCAGUAGUCCUUGGAGAUGGCAACGUAGCAGAGAAGAACCAAUGCCUCAUGGAACGCCUGUACAAACUUGGUCUUCGAAAUCCUACCGAGGACACGUACGCUAUGCUGACGACUCUGCUGCUUUUGAAAGAGCCGCACCGAUUCAAUGACUUUGUUCAACUACGAUCAUCGUAUUUGGCAGUGAAAAACCUUGUGAAGAGUUUCUUGAAGAACCAAGGCAAGAGUGCGCAGGGUGCCACGCAGAACUUACCAAAUCGUUUGCCUCCGACUGUGUCCGCCUACUUGCAGGAGGAGGUCAAGAAUGAUGUGUAUGGGCCUGGAGGUGGCCCAGCCCCAUUGCCAAAUGGAGUGAGCAUGCUCAACCUCACACAGUUGAUGCAAACUGUUCCAGAAAGAUCGACGAGAAGUACAAUUUCGACUUUGGUGCCAAAGUCGCAACCGCAUCCAGCCGUGGAAAGUAUGAUGCACGCCAUGAACAACAUGUGGUUCCAAUCUAUGCAAUCCAUGCAUUCAAUGUCGCCGUUUGGAUUUGGUCAGGCCAGUCAGCAGGGGCCCCAUUUGUCUAUUGCGCCAGCCAGGCAACAAUUGGCCUUGCCUGCCCCAGGUGUCACGGUACCUCAAGCGGCUUUGGCUGCCCCAGCGGUCACUGCGCCUCAAGCCAAGGCGGCAGGAGUUGAGAAUCAGAUUUCACAGAUUGAAGUCGUGACGCCGCAGCCUUCAAUGCAAGCGCCAGCAGCUUCUUCUGUGAAAGCUCCCCUUGCGAUCGAAAAUGGACCAUCAGUCCCUGAGACAGGGGCGCAAGAGAAGACCAAGGAGGCUUCGGCUUUGUCGGUCAAUGAGAGGUUGGAAGAAGCUUUGCAAACAAGAGACAUGGAAAAGAAAGAAAAGAUGGAUCAACAGGUGGAAGAGAAGAUGGAUGCUCAGGAGAAGGUUUCAAGUCAGCCAAAAGAUCAGGAGGCACCGUUGCUGAAGAAACCGGCUGCGGCGAAGCCGAAGGCGAAGGCCAAAGCGCCACCGAUAAAGACUCCAGUGUUGAAGCGGCCUGCUUCUUCUUCACCUGCUUCAGUCUCUUAUGGCUCAGCUGAUGAUGUCGUGGACCCUCGGCGCACACUGCAAGAGCUUCGGGCUGUGCAGGACGAUGAGACAGAGCCGUCCAGUGAGUGUGAUGAGGAGCUGGAAUUGGAGUUUUAUGGUCGUGAAGAAAAACGAAAUCAGGGUCAUGAGCAGCCCAGCAACCAGCCAUCUCUGGCUCAUGCUGAAGUCAAAGAAGAAGUGCAGCGUUUGCUGUUCGUGGCUAUGUUGAAAGAAUCAAUUUCAGGGAGCGCCUGCAAAUUUGCAGCACCGGUGCGCGAGAACUUUUUCGACGUCUGGAUACCCAAAGGCUUCAAGAAGAAGAUGGAUCUUACCAGGGCUUCGAUGACACAGGGUUUGGUCUUGGGGGGCAAUCUCACCAUGUACCUUCUCAACCUGUUCAUCAUCCUGCGCGCUGUGGAGGCACAUGUUGCAUCUGUGGCAUUGCGUGCGUGCGUUUGGAGCCUGGACACAAGCAUUGCCAGCGCAAGCGACAUUUGCAUUGAGCAGAUUGAACACUACAAGAAGGUCUGGGUGACCAUGAAGCUCGAGGGAUACUUUGAUGAGAAGGUACCUCUAGAGCCAGUUGAUCCCAACAUGCCAGCCACACAGCUCUAUGAGGAUGGCACCAGUGGCCCUGUUGGCCCAGCCAGAGAGGACAUGGCCCCGGCCAGUGGCCCUGAGACCAAGGCCCCGGAGACUGAGGAGGUGCCUCAGGUGAAUCCUGGCAUUGGCCCCUUCGUGGAGACUCAGGUUGUCCCGCAGGACGGCGACGGAGAUCAGGACUUUGACAUUGCUCUUGUCACCUGCAAGAAGUGCAAUCUUCCAUUGAAGCUGGAAGAAGCCAUCAUCAGGGGACCACGAGAACUCUGGUGUCGCGAAUGUAAUUCCAUAUACACCAUGUUGCGAAGGCAUCAGGCUUGGCCGCCGGCAGCCUUUGCCCAGUUGUCCGACUCUGACCAGCAAUGCUUUUUUGCUCGAUGCAAACAGCAAAAGGAUGAGUCUGCAAGGUCACAGUUCUCUUACAGCAGGAUCCGAGAUGUCCUGGUCUCCAGCCUGAUGUCGGAGCAGAGGAAGCAAAAAACAUUGGCAGUGGGCGGUACAUACCUCCCACUGUCAGUGUACAAACAGCGGGGGUACAUUAUCGACGAGGCCUUUACUGAAAGGAACCCAUGCCAGUGGAGUCACGGACUCAAUUGCUAUACCUAUUUACUUGCCGAGACAUCGAUCUCUGAGGCUGAGAUCCAUGCUACCGUUGAGCAGCAGGUCGUUACCGCGGAGAGAAUGGUCAAGAAGCGCAAAGCAGUACGUGCUUCUGACAAGAACGAGGUGGAGGACGAUGCCAGGAGCACGAAGCCCAUGGUGCUUGACCUUGUUUCUGACGACGAGGAUGAAGGUGAGAAAAAUGGUCCCAGUUCUGGUCCAGCUCAUCCUCGGCCAGAGUCAGAGGCUCAGGAGGUUGAGGAGAAGCAGCUCACCGCGAAGCAGCUCCAGGCCAAGCUGAAGCGUGAGGCUGCCAAGGUCACAAAGCUCGCAGCUGCUGAGGAGCGAAGGAAAGAAGCCCAGAGGAAGAAAGAUGCCAAGGCCUUGACGAAGAAGGUGGUUGCUAUGUCAUCAAAGCUUUCUGCUCCUCUAGCAGCGGCGGUGCACAAGGCCAAUGAGGUUGUGGCAAAGGCUGAGUCGGCUGGUGUGGGUGACGCUCCGGAGACACAGGCGUUCAAGAGCCAGCUGCAAAUCGUUGACGACUACAAGAAGAAGACUGCCUCCUCCUUGGCUUACUACAGCAAGAAUCCGACCUGUGAACUCAGCGCCUUGCCUUUCGACAAUGAGAAAACUUGUCAGCAGGCAAUGAAGGAUAUGGCAAAGGCAGGCAGUGACUUGAAGGCAAUGGUCAUCAAUCCAGCUGCCGCCGCUGGCAAGUCCUAG